CACCAGUUCAAAUCGCAGGGGUUUUACUGUAAUUUCAUGGUAGCUUCCCAGUCCCGAGUCCACACAAGACAGAUCCGGAUCCCCCCGAAAUUUUCCUUGCCGGGUUCCGAACCCUAACAAAAAUCCCCUUCGUCCAAUCGGCGGAGCUCACUGAGGCCAACUCUCUGCCGUUAUCUUGGCACUAGAGGUACUUCGUCUUCUCCCCGUAGAAUUUAACAAUUUUGUUGAUGAUAGCGUUUUCGAUUGAUUGGCGUGAUUUGUUUGUUUUGUGAACAGUGUGUUGCCGGGGAAUCAUGAAAAGGGCAAUUCCGUGGAGCGACGACGACGGCGACAAGGAUUCUUCGGAUUCAGAUGAUGAAUCGUCCACCUCGUCUUCGGCAUCGGAUGCUGAAGGUGAUGUAGGCACCACCAAGACGAAAACCAAGAAUGCCUCCAAGCACAAGAGCUCGAAAGGCAAGUCUGCAAGGCGGAGGCGUGGAGCUGUUGACUUUGAAGAACUGAGGCGGCAUGGAUACAAAGGUGGCCCCUCACUUCUGAGAAUGCCACCCCCUAAAGACGACACAGAGCCCAACUGGACCUGGUCUACAGGUAAAGAACGCCUUGCUGCCACCAAGGUCGAGAAUGGAGAGUCUUAUGAUGAGCGGCAGAAAACAAGGGCAGCUCUAGUAGCUGGAGAGCAGCUGGUGCAUUCACAGACCCGGAAAGAGAAGGAGGAGAAGAAUCAGCUUUCAUUCUCGCAGAAGGAGAAGAGGAAACGAGAACUUGGGCAGGCUAGCAGGGGAAAGAAUUAUGUCGAGGAAGAGAAGAGGUUGUUGAGAGAAAGUGGCGUCUACUCUGGCUUUGAUACAUAAAAUGAUCAGCAACUACUCUGAAUCUCUGAUGGAAAUAAUAAGAGUGCUCUGUUAUUCUAAGUGAUGCGAUGUAAGAUUUUGUGUUGGAAUACCCAUAUAAUCAGAUCUGUUGGCAUCAAAUGGUGUUUCCAAUGGAUGAAAACCCGGAAAAAAUCCCAAAGUACACUAGUUUUUAAAAAAAAUUCCCAAAAUACAUUAGUUAUAAAAAA